AUGGUUACCCUUUAUUCGACACUUCGCAACUUUCCGGCAGCGCUGCUCGCCUUCGCCGCAGCCGUCGAAGCUCAAAAUGUUGGACAAUGGGGUCCCAUGAUUACGUUCCCUGUCGUCCCCGUCUCUGUAGCAUUGCUUCCUGAGACAGGAAAUAUGCUGGUUUGGUCCAGUGGUUGGCCUAACCGCUGGACAAACGCUGGCAACGGAAAGACCUACACGUCGCUUUAUGACGUUAAGACUGGAAAGGUUGGCGAGGCGCUUAUUCAGAACACGCAACAUGACAUGUUCUGCCCCGGCACUUCGAUGGAUGAGAAUGGCCGCAUCAUCGUGACCGGAGGUUCAAGCGCUGCAAAGACCAGUGUUCUCGACUUCAAGAAGGGCGAGUCGUCUUCUUGGACGCCGUUGUCCAACAUGCAGAUUUCGAGAGGUUAUCAGUCAAGCUGUACUACCUCUGAGGGUAAAGUGUUUGUGAUCGGCGGCUCCUUCUCCGGAGCUGGUAGACGAGAUGGCGAGGUUUACGACCCCAAAACCAACACCUGGACGAAGCUGGCCGGAUGCCCUGUGAAGCCACUGGUCCAGCAGGCCGGCAUGUUCCCUGACAGCCACACCUGGCUGUGGUCGUGGAAGAAUGGAACUGUUCUCCAAGCUGGUCCUUCCAAGAAGAUGAACUGGUAUGAUACCAAGGGUACCGGUUCAACCACGCCUGCCGGCCUGCGUGGCACUGAUGACGAUGCCAUGUGCGGUGUCUCCGUCAUGUACGAUGCCGUAGCAGGAAAGAUUUUCACCUACGGCGGCGGCAGGGCUUAUACCGGAGUCACAUCUAGCAGCAACGCCCACAUUUUGACCGUUGGAGAGCCCGGCCAAGCUGUCCAGGUGCAGAAACUCCAGAAUGGCAAAUUCAACAGAGGUUUCGCAAACGCAGUUGUUAUGCCUGACGGCAAGAUCUGGAUCGUUGGCGGCAUGCGAACAAUGAGACUCUUCUCCGAUACCACUCCCCAGCUGACCCCGGAGCUGUUCGACCCGGCGACGGGCACCUUUACUCCCACUACCCCGCAUACUGUCCCGCGUAACUACCACUCCACGGCGCUUUUGAUGGCGGACGGCACUAUCUGGUCCGGCGGCGGCGGUCUCUGCGGCGCCAACUGCAAGGAGAACCAUUUCGAUGGACAGUUCUGGUCGCCACCAUAUCUGUUUGAAGCUGACGGAAAGACUCGCGCCAAGCGGCCAGUUAUCCAGACCUUGUCAAGCAACACUGUCAAGGCUGGCGAUGCCCUUACCAUCACUAUGCAAGAUUCUGGAAAGUACACGUUCAGCAUGAUUCGCGUCAGCGCAACCACGCACACAGUCAACACUGACCAGCGACGUAUUCCCCUUACUGGACAGAAUGGCGGCAACAACAAGGACUUUACUGUCAAUGUUCCGGGAGACUACGGAAUCGCAGUUCCCGGAUAUUACAUGCUUUUUGCCAUGAACGAGGCUGGAGUGCCUUGCGUGGCUAAGUUCUUCAAGGUUGCUCUUUGA